UCUGUUGAGUUUGUUGCAGAUUUUGUUAAAAGUUAAAAGAACCAAUGGGGGAUUUAGAACACGGAAUCUGAUUGUCCACAGAAGGGAUUAAGACUCAAAGAGUACAAAGAGAAGAUAAGCAUCAUGGAACUUUUUAGCGUGUGCUUGACUCUCUUAUGCCUGGCAAAUUUAAUAGAUAUAGGAUAUAGCCUCAUAAGCAGGGACUGGAUCGAAAGAGAUAUUUUAAACAGGACUCGACCUGGAUGGCUAGACACAGAUAACCCUGACAGUAAAAUCAUCUCCGGCGUUCUAAUCGGCAUCACUGGCAUGUGCCUUGUGUUCUUUAUUGUGCUGCUAAUCAAAUUCUUAAAACCCGGCGAACCAGAAAACGAGACAGAUUGUGAAGAAACGACGGAACAAAUCAACGAGAGCGCCAUUACCAACUCGAUGACAACAGACAGCACCGCAGAUAUAGUCACCUCGAAAGAUGACACCGUGCAACUGUAGUGCACAUAUAUCUUUUUUUUUCAUUUAACGUUGCAUUUAUGUUGAUUCGGGAUUUGAACUUAUUUUUUUAUUGCACUUUGCAUGCUAGCUAGGUUUGUGCUAUACAGUGGUGUAGCAGGAUUUUGUCUUGGGGAAGUGUGUGUGUGGGUAGUUUUUUUCUCUUUCUCUCUCUAUAUAUGUAUGUAUUUCAUAAUGAUUUGAAAAUUGUAAAAUUGUGGUGCCAAAUGCUGUAGCUUACUUAGAGACAACUGUCGU